UAUUUCAUGGUAAUUUAAGGAAUAGACUUCUAUAGCUUUUCGUUUUAAAUUCUAUGCUUUUAUUUGGAAUUGCAAAAUGUCUAUUAGUAUAUAUUCAACACAUAUUGCUCUCAACAAAGUCGAGAUGACAAGGAAUUAAAAAAAGCAGAUGUGAAGCUCACAGAGAUGGAGUAUUCUAUAGAUUUUAUAUUUCUCAGAGCUUUUCUAGAUGGACAGUUUUUAUUUAAUUACUAGUAAAAAAAAAAAAAAACGUAAUUCCAAAAGUGAAAAUGAUUAUAAAACUGUUCAAAACCUUUGAAAGUAGUCACUUUUAUUAUUGUAUGAUGCACAGCCAUAGACUUUUAUAUACAGUCUAUGUGCACAGCCAGACUUAAAACAAAGUGCGCGUUUCUGUCAUACAUUCCGGUAAUGUUUGGACCUUCCUCUGAGCACCGGCUGACUGGGAUAACUCUGUGUUUUGGUUUCACCUUAAAUCUACCUUCACAAUGAUAACUCCUGCAUUUGAGCUGAGCCAAGAUCCAGACUUCCUGAUCCUCAGCGCCCGUGUUCCCUACACCAGAACCUCCGAGUUUGACCUCUUUGUCGAUGGCACAGAUCUGAAGUUUGCUGCAAAACCUUACUUCCUCAGAUUAACACUUCCUGGAAGAAUUGUGGAAGAUGGCAGAGAAAAGGCCACAUUCGACAUUGAUAAAGGACUUUUCACUCUGCGGAUCCCAAAGGAGACGGCAGGAGAACAUUUCCAGGGCCUGCAGAUGCUCACGAGCCUCCUGGCUCCGAAAGGCUCGCGGUCGGCCAAACCGCUGGUGGAGGACCUGAGCGGGGCAGAAGGCAGUGGAAAUGCAGGAGGCCAGGAGGAGGACGAGGAGGAGUUUGACUGGCAGAUUGAGCAGGAGGUUUACAAGGAGAAGUCUGAGGAGGAGCUGGGACUGCUGCAGAAGUACGGCUUCGCCAAUCAAAGGUGCGGCGUUUUCCAUCGACUGCAGGAGGAGCUCUGUGAGGUGAUCGACCUGAAGAAUCCAGAGGGAACGUCUGCAGCGGAGAGGCGGCAGGCUCGGCUGCAAGCAGAAGCCUCCGCCUUCUCCUCUGACCAUUACCUGGCGGAUCUGUUUGAAGAUGAUGAAAUAAAGAGGCUUCUAAAGUUCAGACCCUGGUGGACAAAACUGAGAGUUUCCCCGGAGCAGGAAGAGGAAUCUGCGGUGUCGUUCAGCGAGGAAGAGCGGGAGCAGCUGAGGAGAUUCACCAACCGCUCCUACCUGCUGGACAAGACGUCCCGCCGCCAAGCCUGGCUCAGCCUGGUGGACAUCCUGCUGGCUUUCUGCUAUGAAGUGCGCUCUACAGAGGGGGAGCACAGUGUGGAGUCGCCGUGGACGAUCAGGAAGCUGAGCGGGACUCUGAGCUGGCUGGAAACCUACAGCUCCUUGCAGGAUGUUUUGGUGUCGUUUGGACGUCGGGUUUCGUGCUUCCCCCUCUACAGACACUUCGCCUUGGUCACCUCGGCGAUUCGUGACACAGCAAAGAUUUUUCAGCAAGGGAAGGCCUGCGUCCUCAAAUGCCUGCUGGAAAUCCACAAAGUCUUCCGCGAGAACGAGCCGGCUUACAUCCUGAACGACCUGUACAUCACAGACUACUGCAUCUGGAUUCAGGGGGUCAAGUCCAAGAAGGUGGAGUCUUUGGCGACGGCGCUCCAGAAAGUCGUGCUGCAGAAAAAAGACUUGGAGCUGGAGCUGAACGAGCUGGAGAGCGCAGCAGCGAUGGUGCUGAAGGAGGAGGAGGAGGAGGAGUCCUCCAGCAGCAGCGCCUCCUCUAGCGAGAGCGAUGACUCUGACGAUGAAAGCUGCCCUGAAACCGAGGAGGGCGGGGAGACGUGUAGGGACAGCCCUUCACAACCGCCUCCCUCCGUCUGUCCCAUCCAUCACACCCCCACCGACGCACUCCUCUCAGAGGAGCGGAGCACGCUGGAUGCGCUCCCCUCAGCCUCAGAGGACUGCAGACAGCUGAUCCAGGAGCUGCGGCUCUCUCCGGAGAGACGGCAGUCGGAGCCGAGCGACGCGUCGGCGGACGGCGGAGCGUCUGGCAGGAGUCCGGGGGAGACGGGGAACAUCACCGUGGAGACGGCAGAACCUCCUGCAGAUGUCUUCAUUAAGUGAUGAAGAAUGACUCCUUUAAUCAGGAACUUGAUUUUUCAGGAGGCCGGCACGAGGAGGCGUUUCAUGUCAGACCUCGCUGGUGACAGUUCAAACCUUCAGAGAGUGCGACCGCCCUCAUCCACGCCUCCUCUGAGACCGCUGGCGUUUUUACCGUGACGGAGAUAAGUUACCCCCUUUUGUUCCAGUGACAGGAGGGCCUGGGACUUGGGCUCUCCCCCCUCCACAUGCACACACACACACACACACAAGUACAGAGGCUGGGUGACCCCCCCCCCACUGGUGUCUCACACUGAUUAAAUGAGACGGGUCUCUGCUGUUUUUGUCAUUUUGAGGAGAGCCAACGUCUGAGGCCCAAAACCGUCUGUCUGCGCUCAGCUUUCACCUCUACUGCCAACUUCACCCUCUGUGGACUCGCACUGUAUUUUGAAGGACUUGCAUUUUUAUUUUUUUGUUAAAAAACAUUUGAAAUCUGUGCAAUUACAUGAUCAAAAAAUAAAAAAAAGGUUGAAAUUGAA